CACUUUGUAGACCAAGCUGGCUUCGAACUCAUAGAGAACCCCCUGCCUCUGCCUCCCAAAUUCUGGGAGAUUAAAGGUACUGUAUAAGCUGGGUAGUGGUGGCCCACACCUUUAAUCCCAGCACUUGGGAGGCAGAGACAGGCGGAUUUCUAAGUUCUAGGACAGCCAGGGCUACACAGAGAAACCCUGUCUCGAAAAAACACCAGAACAAAUAAAAAAGGGGGACUAUAUGCAUGUUUUUCCUGUGUUGCCUGUAUGUAUGUCUGUAUACUACGUGGGUGGCUUUACAGGUGGUUGGGAGCUGCCAUGUGAGAUCUGGGAAUUGAACCCAUGUCCUCUAGAAGAGCAGCAAGUGCUCUUAACUGCUGAGGAUUCACUCCAGCUCCAUUUGUUAUUUUUAAAAACAGGCUUUCAUUUAGCCCAAGUUGGUCUUAACUCCUUGUGUAGCCAAAACUGAGGGUGAACUUCUUACCCUCCUGACCUCACCUCCCCAGCACUGAGAUUACAGGCUGCAGCCCUGCUCAGGGUCUCCUGCUUGCUAGGCAAGCGCUGUGCCAACUGAGCUCCAGUGCCAGCCCCACUGUUGUGGGGGAAAAGCUUCUUAAGCAUUCUAGGAAACAAUAACAUAAGGACAACUUUGCAGUCCCAUUAAAAAAAGUGUGUGUGGGGGGCAGUAAAUCUAAAGUACAUUUUCCAUUUUUGGAGUCAAAAAGCAGAAAACAGGUGUGGCAAUUGUAACAUACACCAUUGAGACUAAUGAGCUGAGUGAAGUCCUGGUUUUGUGUGUGUGCUGUGAGUGCCUUGGGCAGAGCAUAGCAUCGGGGGUCUUGGACCAUGUAUUUCCCUUAAAGAACUCACAGUGGGAGACACAGGGUUAGAGAACAUCAGUUGUCAUCAAAUGCUGAGGUUAACUCUGUUAUGAACACGUAGGGAAGGAGAAGAUCUGUCUGUCUGCUCUUUCCAGAAGGCAGGAAGCUCUUCCAGAGUUGGUCAUGAAAAGCUUCAAGGAGAAGGUGCCGUGGAGCUAGGAUUGGAAGGAUGGUUAGGACUUUGUGACAGAGGCGGGGUGGGGAAGGGACUCUCCACAGAAGGAAAGAAUGACAUGCUCACACACAUUACUUUGGGCUUCAUUGUAAUAAAUAGUUUUCCUCUAUUAUCAAGUUUUAGUGCCCCAUAUGUUUCUAAAUGAUGAUGUUUGGGGGCUCUCAAAUGAAGUAAUACUGGCCAGGUGGUGGUGGUGGCAUACUUCUUUAAAUCCCAACACUCAGGAGGCAGAGGCAGGUGGAUCUCUGAGUUCAAGGCCAGCCUGGGCUACAGAGUGAAUUCCAGGCCAGCCAGGGCUACACAGAGAAACCCUUUCUCAAAACUGUCAUCCCCCUAACCUCCCAAAAAGAGACGUAAUACUGCUUUGUGGGGGAAAAACAUUAUAAUCCUAGCACUCAAGAGGCUGAGGCAGGAGGAUUGUGACUUUGCUUCAAAAAACAAAACAACCCUAAACAACAAAAAAAAAACAAAAUAAAAACAAGUAAAUAGAUAAAACAAAGAUAUAAACUCUUAUUACAGAAAAAUUCUCAAGUAUAAACAAGUAAAGAGGGAAAGGUAAAUUUAGACAUUGGUAGCUCAUGUCUGUAAUCCCAGCACUCAGGAGUAGAGGUAGCAACAUCCAGAAGAUCCCCACAAGUUCAAGGCCAGACUGGAGUAAGGUCAUCUUUCUUAAAAGAAUGAGGGGAGGGGAAGGAAGGGAGAAAGGAGUAGACGUAAUAUGUCCAUCUAGCCAGUUUCGGUUUCACUUACCCAUAUAUGGAAUGUUUUGCUUAUGACUAUUCAUGUUCAUUAUACUUCCCGACCUACAGCCCCUAUCAUUAAUUUGGAGCAAAUUCAGAUAUUAUUUGUUUAAUAACUUAAGAACUCUUUUUAAAAGACAACUACCAAUCUGGGGGUGUAGCUCAGUUGAUAGCAUGUUUGCCUGGCAUGCUUGAAGCCCUGACUUUGAUCUUCAGCACCACAUGACACUGAGCAUAGUAGCGCACAUGUAAUCCUGGUAUUCAGGAAGUAGAGGAAGGAGGAUCAGAAGUUCAAGGUCUUCCUUAGAUACAUAGUGAGCUCUAGGCCAUCCUGGGCUACAGGAGACUCUGACUCCAAAAAACAAAUGAAAAAGACAACUACCAUUAUUGUUAAGCUCAAAAACAAACUUUCUGAUUACCUUUAAUCCCAGCACUUGGGAGGAAGAAGCAGUCAGAUCUCUGAGUUUGAGACCAGCCUGAUCUAUGUAAAGAGUUCCAGGCCAACAGAGUAACACGGUGAUACUCUGUCUCAAAAUAAAAAAGCAGCCCCAGGAGGAGGGGGUGCUGCAGGUGGAUUAAUCCUUUUAAGUCCCUUUAGGUCUCUAGGCUGGUUGAUUCUGGUGCCUCUCCUUACUGCCCCUUUACAGUUCUUUUGUUGAAGAAUCCAGUCAUUUGCUGUGGAGUUUCCUAUAGCCUGAAUUUCGCUGAUUACAUCCAUUUGAUGUCAUGUGACAUACUCCUCAAUUCUUUUUAUGGCCCACAAUUUGGUUUUAGCUCUCCAUGCUUGAUCAGAUUACAGUUCAAUUCUUGCCUGCCAUGGAGGAAGAUUAUUUAAUAGGCAAUAACAUGCAAUUCUAACAGGAAACAUUGUUUCUUUCUUGGUAUUAUUAUCCAGCCCUUGAUUAACAUUGCCUAGGUAUUCAUUCAUCAGGAGUUGCAGAACAAUAUGCAGUUGUAUAAUUCAUUGAUUAGUAGAAUACUAACAGAUGUCUCCCUUUCCGGUGGUGAUGUCCUCCCUACAAGACUAUCCCUCUCCAGAAGAGGAGAAAAGGAAACACAAGGAAAGCGCCUGAUAAGCCGUUCCAAGUCCCUUGUAGCUCUCUUGGGAAGAGAGUCAGGAGUGCUCUCUGCUCUUGCCGUAAGAACAGCCAGGUUUGACUUACACGCUGGUGCUGUGACACUGAAGGAACGGCACCCAGGCUCCUGGAGGUUCUUGUUUUCACUGGAGUGGUUAGUUCUCUGUGCAUGGAGAAAGAUUGGAGUCUUGAUUGCCCUGUUUUCAAGGUGUUCUCUAUAGUCUGAACCGCUUCAGAAACUGGGCCACUUCCCAAUGAGCUACACAGCCAGUCCUUGUGAGGAGCUGGUUGAGAACUGUGCAGCACAUGCAGCAGGAAUGGCACAGGAAGAGAGCCGUCGGAGUCAGGCGCCACCCGCCUUCUACCAUGGUGCCAGCCAGGAGCUCGACCUGUCCACCAAAGUGUACAAAAGAGAGUCUGGAAGCCCUUACUCUGUGCUAGUAGACACCAAGAUGAGCAAACCGCAUCUCCACGAGACGGAGGAACAGCCAUUUUUCAGGGAGACAAGGGCAGUGUCUGAGGUGCACACUGUCAAGGAAGACCGGGAGAAUUCUGACGACACGGAGGAGGAGGAGGAAGUCUCUUACAAAAGGGAGCAGAUCAUAGUGGAGGUAAACCUUAAUAAUCAAACAUUAAAUGUGUCUAAAGGGGAAAAGGGUGUCUCUUCUCAGUCCAAAGAGACUCCUGUUCUUAAGACGAGCAGCGAGGAAGGAGAGGAAGAGAGUGAGGAGGAGGCCACAGACGACAGCACCGACUACGGAGAGAACGGACGGCAGAAGAAAAAGGAGAAGCGAGUGGAGAAAGUCAGGGUUACACAAAGGCGAACCCGGAGAGCUGCCUCUGCUGCCGCAGCUACCACUUCCCCUACACCUCGCACAACUCGAGGCCGGAGGAAGAGUGCAGAGCUACCCAAACGGAAGAAGCGGGCUGCCAAGGAGCCCAAAGCACCAGUCCAGAAAGCUAAGUGUGAAGAGAAAGAGACUCUGACCUGUGAGAAGUGCCCCAGGGUGUUUAACACUCGCUGGUACCUGGAGAAGCACAUGAACGUUACUCACAGGCGCAUGCAGAUCUGUGAUAAAUGUGGCAAGAAGUUUGUCCUGGAAAGUGAGCUGUCCCUUCACCAGCAAACAGACUGUGAAAAAAACAUUCAGUGUGUUUCCUGUAACAAAUCCUUCAAGAAACUCUGGUCCCUUCAUGAACAUAUCAAGAUUGUCCAUGGAUAUGCAGAAAAAAAAUUUGCCUGUGAGAUUUGUGAGAAGAAGUUCUAUACCAUGGCUCACGUGCGGAAACACAUGGUCGCACACACAAAAGACAUGCCAUUUACAUGUGAAACCUGUGGAAAAUCUUUCAAGCGCAGUAUGUCACUCAAGGUGCACUCCUUGCAGCAUUCUGGAGAGAAACCCUUCAGAUGUGAGAACUGUGAUGAGAGGUUCCAGUACAAGUACCAGCUCCGCUCCCACAUGAGCAUCCACAUUGGGCACAAGCAGUUCAUGUGCCAGUGGUGUGGCAAGGACUUCAACAUGAAGCAGUACUUCGAUGAGCACAUGAAGACGCACACUGGAGAGAAACCUUUUAUCUGUGAAAUCUGUGGCAAAAGCUUCACCAGUCGACCCAACAUGAAGAGGCAUCGCAGAACUCACACAGGCGAGAAGCCUUACCCCUGUGACGUGUGUGGCCAGCGGUUCCGCUUCUCCAACAUGCUGAAGGCCCACAAGGAGAAGUGCUUCCGAGUGACCAGUCCAGUGAACGUGCCACCAGCUGUCCAGAUCCCUCUGACCUCGGCGCCGGCUGCUCCCGCUCCAGCUGUGGCCAACACUCCCACGAGCCCAGCCCCCGCAGUCAAUAUGAACCCCGUGGGCGGCGGCACACUUCCCUCAAGGCCCGUCCCGCACCCUUUCUCACACCUGCACAUCCACACGCAUCCACACCAUGCGCACCACCUCCCUAUUCCACCUGUGCCUCACCUGCCCCCACCCCCGGCCCUCUUCAAGAGUGAGCCCCUCAACCACAGAGGCCAGAGCGAGGACACCUUCCUGAGGCACCUGGCAGAGAAGAACAGCGCGGCCCCGGCCCAGCAUCAUUAGCACCCGCCCGAGUGUCAUCCCCGUGGUGAGUUGGAAGAUGGGUGCAGCUGUACCUCUCUGGGGUCUCCCUGCCUCCACGGCCUCCUGAAUUCAGGGCCUUGGCCAUUGUCCUGGUGAACCAUCAGACUGACCCGAGGGAGUGAACAAGAAGACUGCCCUCGCAACCCGGGGAACCACCGAACUAAAGCCCAGUUUGCUUGCAUUUUCUGAUGACUUUUAUAAAUUUCAGAUACUCGGACUGUGGGAUUUUAUAAUUUCAUAUCAGCGGAUGAGGUAUGCUUGCUUUUAUAUCCUGGUCUUCUCCUCAAAGAGGAGACGGGCCUGGUUUCCUUUAUACUAAUCGGGAAGGCUGUGAGAUUAAUCCAGAGCAUUAACUGUAUCACUGUGUAUCGUAAUGAAUUCUUUUCAGCUUUUGGUGCUGACUGUAGGCAAGCUGGCCACGUUUCACACAAUAUCAAGCAUUAUAGAGAAGAUGGGAAUUUUCUUCUUUGUGUAGCUCUUUUAACACACUCUUUAUUUUACUACAGAAAUUAUUUUAGAGUUUUUGUAUAGACUUUAGUAGUCUGUUUCUAAAAUGAAAUGUAUUUCAAUAAGCUGUGUAAUUUUUUCAGUGUAGCCAAACCCAUGUUGUAAAAUAGAUAAAUUUUUUAUAAUCAUCAAAAUGUGAUUCUUAAAGAUACAUAUAAUAAGUUCUAUUUCAAAUUUAUUCUUACAUCCGUACAACUCAAAGGUGCUUCUGAGACUGAAUGGGGGUCAGCAGACCAGAUUACUACAAAAGCAAGGUUCAGUAACUUGGAAAUCCCUGCUGGGCACUCAGUCCGUCAGGCUCACGGACACCUCCAUCCUUGGUGUCCCUUUGCGCCUGUGCAUUCAGUGGGGUGCUGUGCUGGGGCAGGUCAUCAAAAACUUGCCUGAUUUGGAAAUCUGAGGAACGUUGUGAAUACCUGCAGAAGGAAGUGGCAGAGGAUUCCUUUUGGUCACGUCUGUUUCUCACUUCUCUUAGGACCUGUGUCGUGCUCAGCUGUUAGGAGAAGAUAAAUUGGAAUCUCUUAUUUUGAGGUUGCUGUGUUUUCCAAGAGUUGGUAGGAGAAGCUAAAUGGUGAACUGAAAUCACAAAUGUAGUUGGUGAUAGUGGCUGAGAAAUGGGAGGUGGGGAGAAGACAAAUUGGCUUUUAAGUUUCAAAAUGUCUGCAGUCUCUAAAGUGUGGGUGUCCACACUGAUCUGCAUCUGCCAUCAAUUGUAGUGAGAGGAACUCCCCCCGCCCCCAGUAGUGCUGCCCCAUCCUCUUAGGUAGGUGAGGAAGGAGCGACAGCCCUGCCCCUGGGCACCUCACUCGGUCACUUGGGGGAACUUGCACCGAGUGUGGUCACCCUGGAGCGGAUUAUGUGGAAAGCUAAGAAGGGCUGACACAGUGGUUCAGUUUAGCUGGCAGAUGUGUGCAGCGGAGCUACACACUUUAUACUUCUUCACCUUAGAGAGUGAGUCCAAAAAGUGGCCACUUACCACUUCUCUUCCGCUUCUCUCCUUAAAAAUCUCAGAAUUCUCUCAUUUCUCUUUCCUCAGGCUCUCAAAUCACAGCCUUAGCUGUUAUUUAUUUAUCUUUGAUAUUAAAUGUGCAGAUAUGCGUCAUGCACUUUUUUCUGGCCACUUAACUCUGCAGUGGGAACACAUGGACUCUGGAUUGAGGUGAGUGAGGUUCCUGCUUUUCAGCAUCCUCCUCUACAUUAGUUUUGGUUAAUAUUUCUAGAUUGACUCCAGUUUCACCAUGUGCUCUGCAGUGAUAGGAAAAAUUGUGUGCUGAGGCAGAAAAGUAUCUCAGGACACACUUUUCCUCUAGUUCUAGGUAUACAUUUUAAUGCGUGGUAAUUUUAAUAUUUUCAUACAUUCUUGGAGCACCCGCACACCCAAGCCAAAUAAGGAAGCCAGUUCUUUGAUUCUGACUGUUAUGGCCUUAGAGGCUCUCCAGUCACCUCCACAGUCUCCUUUGUAUCCCAUGGGAAGUCUGCAGAUCUGCACGUUCAUGUAGACAUAAACUAUUUCAUGGUCAAGCCUAUAAUAUUAAAAUACUUUUAUCAAAGAAGUAUACAUUGUAGCUUAGUUAAUUGGUUGUAUCUUAUUUUAUACUAAAUGAUUUUACGAUAUUGGGCAGAGAUUCUGAAUUCUAGACUUGAGGCUGUUGACUCAACCAUUUUAUGGAUGUACUAUGAAUACUCAUUAAAAAAUUCAGGUAGUCAGUUUUGAUUUUUUUUUAUUCAAAUGACUAUAGCCAUAAGAAACUGUUUGCUACAUAGGAAGUCCAGUAGUAACUCAAUAACCACCACUAUCCUUAACAGAAGCAGGAAAACAGGAAUUUAAAAAAAAUAAAUUAGCACUGUCACACUGUAUAAUUCUUACUGAAAUGUAUUGUGGAACAAUCUAGAAAUGCCAUUUUUUUUUUUCCUGGAUAAGUAUAUCUUCCCUGACUUGGGAUUUGUAGGAAACCUGCUCUAAAAACUGACCCUCACCAGCACCAUGUGUGAAUAAUGAAAGUAUAAUGAAAUCCACACAGAAGUGCUUCUGAGCACGGGGGCCACAGGGGCCACAGGGUUGGGCCUGAAGCUUGCAGGUGUGUUGGGUUUAACGUGCUGAAGACUCAAACUCAGGGUUGAAAUUGUGCUUGGGGUCCGCUCGGAAGAUAAAAGUUGUGUUGUGUGGUGUGCCCUCCCACGGGUGCUGCAGCACCCCAAGAGUUCUGCAGAACCUCUUACAUUCUUGUUAUCUGUUAGAAAAAAGACCGUGGAGGAGUUUGAGUUCUAGGCCCAUCUAUACUUUCGUCUUGUAAAGACAGCAGCCACAUUCCAGAAUGACAUAUUAAAUUGAGGCUUUUUCAUUGUCACUUUAUACUACCUUCAAAGGCCUGUAUCAUCACAAGGAUUAUUUGAUCUUCAAAUGGUUUUUAUUGUUGCAAGGAUUACUUAUUUACCUAUAUGUAGACCAGGCUAGCCUCAAACUCACAGCCUGAGAGAGGACUGGGUCUAGAGGAGUGAACCACAGCAGCCAGCACCUAAGAACUUUUUGUUGUCAUUGUUUUUGAGAAAUGGUCUCACUGAAUACCCUGGCUGGCCUUGAACUCCCUACAUGGACCAUGGUAGCCUCAAACCAGUAACUCCCCCCACCUCAGCUUCCCAAGAGCUGGGAUUAUGGGUGCCUGCUUCAGCCUGCCUGGCUUCUUCCCCAAGGAUGUUUUUGAGUUGGCAUUACAUUUUUAGAGGUUGGAUUGUACAUCUUUUGCUCUCUUCUCACAGAUUUAAUGAAAGGUUGCUGCUCUCAAAUGGAGUCAAGUGGGCUCCUACUGGGUUAGAUUUCCAAACUGAAUGACAAGAACAUAAACCCUUUAAAGGCAUGUGGCUUCAUUUUUCUAUAUUAUUUUUUACUUGAUACUUAUUUUUAGCAAAUGGGGAAGUCUCCACAUAAAACUUUAAUAAAGUUGAAAGAAACCUUUGAAAGUCAUUUCCAUGUACUGUCUUAGGAACCCUCUGAAUCAGUCCUUCUGCAUGGGCCUUUUUGGAGUUGUCCUGUCUAAGAACCUCCUCAUUUGAAAGCAUCUUUCUGAGCUGGACCCCCUGCCACUGCUAACCAGAGGCAAAAUCUCUGACGCUUUGAAUUUUUAACUCGUUGAAAUUUCAGUUUUUAUUAUUAUUGAAUGGAUAUGUGUUUAGUUUCACUUUUGUCUCACUGAAAGAUUUAAAAUUUGAGGCUAUGAAGCAGAGAACUCCAUUGCAGGUGUGUGUGUGUGUGUGUGUGUGUGUGUGUGUGUGUGUGUGUGUGUGUGUGCGCGCGCGCGCAUGGGUAUAAUAAAUCAAUAGGUAUAUAUACAUGUAUAUGUGUAUGUAUACAUAUACAUAUAUACAUACAUAUAUAUGUGGAUUUAUUUCCUCUUGCAGAUUUUGGUUAGGAAAAUACACUAUGGUAGGUGAGUUUUUGUGUUAAAGAGAGAAAAACUAAAACUUCCAUUAAAAGAACCCCUGUUUCAGUUAAAGGAACCCUCUGUUUAAGCUACUGUAUGAAAAAUACCACUUUUGUUACUUUGAUGGUCCACAUGAUGUAGAUUUUGAUGCUGUUCCAAACUAUCUAUGGAACAUGUCAUGAAAAGAAGGUAUGUUACAUAUAACCAUUUUAUCAACUCUUUUUAAAAAAAUCAGCUGGGAUUGUUAUAACUCUGAAGCUGAGCAAAACAUUAUCAGGUUUUAAGUUUUUUCUUUACUUAAACUAAGUUAGAAAAUUCCCCAAGAGUUCUCUCUCUCCAUCUUUUUUUUUUUUUCUUUUUUCAGGAAUAAAAGGUCAUUAGCCAUUAGAAAUAGUGGCAUUGUUAUGCAAUAACAACUCACUAGCUAGUCUGCUUCUGUCAUCUGUAGCAUUCAUGAGCAGUAAUGCUGACCUUCCAACCCUGGAACUACCUCGAUAAAGCAACCCAGAGAUCCUCGCUACACUUUCUAUGGAAGCCAUAAACGUUGUCAGUAUGUCCACCUUCACAGUUCUAUACUUUUAUACUCACUAGACUUUUUAUAGACUUAUAAUCAGACCUUUUCAUCUUAGAGGAUAGCUUUUGCAAGACUCCAAGGAAAAUCAAAUUCCUUAAAUGUCCCAACUUUGAAGCUCUAGCUUCAGUAAAUUUGUUUAAAGAGCCAGAUGCCAUACCAUUCCAAAACAAAAAACAAAAAAACAAAAAUCACACAUGUAAAUCAAAACUACUUUGCAGACCUAUAUAUUCUGAAAAUAGAUUCCUUUUUCUUGUUCCCUUAGUAGAGGCUGUGUUGUGAUAAAGUGAGUCUUUCCACCCUGUUAACUGGGUGUUCUUGGUUGCUUUGUGCACAGUGACGUUUUCUGGAGUUGUUUCUAUUACUGUAGCACAGGAGUGAGUAGUUACCUGUUCUUCUGACCCUCGGCUGUUGUGUGUGGCUUUAGUCUACAUCACUGCUCUCGAGUGCCUUCAAAAAGCCCAUGUCCUGGAACCUCUGUCCCUGGUCUGGAUCCUACCUCUGAUUGUUUCAUUCUGCAUGAGUAUUGGAAUUCACCCUUAACCCAAAGGGCUUAACUUGCUAAAACCUGGCUAAGGAUUGUGAACACAUUUAUGUUUUGUCCCCCCAUGUUGCUGCUGUUUCUCUCUGUAUCUUUCUCCCCACGUUCGACACCUCUACUACUAGAGCCGUCCUGGUCCUUGGCCUUCUUUCUGUUCUUUCACUGAAGACUGAGUGUUCUUUUAUAUCAGAGGUCAGCCAGUAUGUCUCUGGGCCAUCUUUUUCUCAUCUGAAGUCUUCCUGAAUGCCUACCCUUUCGAAUUAAAGGAAUGCUAAAUGCUGCUGUUGCUACACAUUCUCUCUUUCAUAAACGUUUCACAGGGUUCCUCCCGUGAUCUUCUUUUAGUCAUAGGAAUUUAAAAGUGCUCUCGGGGUUUAACAGAAGUCCUUUAUUGUUUUUUUUUUGGGGGGGGAAUCGGCUCCUCUCACCCAGCUACCUGUCCCCUCACAAACCCAUUUAUUUUCUUUUCUAGUUGUUCUCUUACAAGUCAUUUAAAAAGUGUAAUUGGUGUAUAAUAUAUGAAAGAUGUAAUAAAAAGGAAGCUGAAGUGUGUUCUGUGUGUAGUAUGUGCACUUACUUCAUUGAUUAAAAAUUACUUAGCACCUGGCCCACCUUGGUCUUUCCCACCCCAAAUUAAAGCUUGUGCUAUGUAAUGGGUUGACUGUCCCCUCCUAAAGUGGAAGCAGAUGAACUCUUUCAGUGAGGAAAUUGGAUUUGUUUGUGUAGGUGAAUGAACACUAAUGAGUAUUUGACCUUAGUCAAAAUCUUUGCUUUCUGACUUACAAUCUCCUGCCUCUUUCCUGAAAGUUAUUAGUACGGAGGCAUCCAGGACUGAUAGCUGCAGGAGGUAGGAGUCUCAAAAGGCAGCUGUUGAUAAAUUUUUAAUACUUUUUGUCUGGAAACAGACAAGAUAUUAAUUGGUGGGACAGGAGCAGAUUGUGAGGUUUUUUUUGAUAACAUAGAAGUCAAGACGUUUGAAUGUUUCACUGGUUAUUUGCAGUGAGGGCAGUAUGCCAACUGUACGAGGUAGAGUCUACUGUAGAAAUCAUGAACAGGCUUCGUUCGGCCUUGCUGUUGCCCAUCACUGAUCUGGACAGUCACUUCUUGAGAACUGGAUGCCUAAAAGUACCUGCUUUUAAAUUGGUUACUUUUCUCUCCAGAAUCCCAGGCACUCAGAUAGCAGAGAGCCAUACUUAACCUAUCACUGGGAGGAGCUCCAUCCUUUGAAAAGGAUGGCUGCUUGUUUUGUGUGUUUAUUAGGGUACCUUUGGUUCCCGUCGCUUAACUCCAGGUUACCUUCAUCCUAUUUGAACGUCUCUGGUGAAAUCAGGAAUGUGACAAAUUACUUAAAAAUUAUUUUGUAGGAAAUGGAGAUGUUCAAAAAGGUCUGAAAGCUGGGUUUUGCUUAAUGUCAAAAAGAAAUCUGGUCGCUUGUGGUGGCUGGUUUUAGUCAAGUCAAGAGCCUGCCCGAGAAGGAAGCAGCUUGUUUCUGUAUCUCUGGCUCCCCUGAAUGAGCACAGCCUUUCCAGUCUGCCUUACAGGUGAAGGGGGCCACUAGCCAGAAGCAGGGUCUCCCUCACACCCUGCAUGGGAUCUGAGACUGCUUGGCAGCAUUGGAAAGUAUCUUCCCAUGCAUGAUUACUCAUUUGAGUUCAGUUGAAAAGAAAAGAACGGUGUAGUGUAUGUAGUGUGUGUUUACUUCUCAAGUUGUACCGCCCGAUAUAUGGCCUCAGAAAAUCAAAUGAGUUAAUCUUCCACAAAUUUGAAUAUGAUUUUUUUUCAUUUCUUGAGCUGAUUCUAUUCCAUAUGCAGUACUUGUUUUGACCAUAAGGGGGCGGUAAAAUACUUUUUUUUCUCAGCUUUUAAGUCUCUUCUGGGAUAUCCCUUGGUUCACUAAUUGGAUUUGAUGAAAGCACUGAGUUCAGUAGUUGCUCAGGCCUUGUGAUGGGAGCAGAGAUUCCUGGGUCUGAGGUCUGUGUGGGUCAGGCAGCAUAAUCAUUCAGGCUUUGUUAAUACUGGUGACAUGAGAUUGAAAGCUGGACCUUAUCAUGAAGGAUCCAGUUUUUAGUAAAUGCAGAGCUGAAAGGUAACCCUCUUCCAUGUUUCCUCGCUGCGAAUCCCAUUGCGGCCCUGCAGCCUCACAUCUGUCACAGCAGUGGGGACUUUGGAGUGUGUGUAAGUACACAUGCUCUCACUUUGUCUGACCAAAAGGUGUCUUCCAGGUCAAGCAGGGAGGUCUCCCACAGCAGGCACCCCUUCAGGCUAGAAUUUUGGCCCAGCCCUCUCCACAGUUCCUUGUCUUUGGGCUCCUGGCCCUCAUCAGCUCUUUGGGAAUUUUGAUUGUGCUCAUUGGGCAUCUUCAGAUGAAUAGUUGGGUCUCCACUAGGGAAAACAGCAGCCUGGGAACAUUUACCCUGUAGGAUCAGGAAGCAGUUACCUAUGGAAAGACAUCCCUUACUGAUGUCUUCCUGGUCCCUUUUCCCCAGCAAGACCCAAGAACCUGAACAAUGCCAGACGCAUACAUAGAGUGGGGGCUCCUUGUAAUUCCAGCACUGUCCAGAGCGGAGUGGAAUCUGUGACCAUGUUAGGUCGCAGGUGGCUUUUCCCAUAGUGCUGAGGUCACUUGGACUUUCUCAUUUCUUAAAGGAAGCCCAAUUUGCUUGCCAGGAAUCCUUCGCCUUAGGUUUACAAAGCCUGCUGUUGAAUGUUUGUCCAAAGGAAUGUGAGGAGAGACAAGCUGCUUGGUUCUGGUCCUGCCUGCAAGGUCAAAAGAUUGUUUAGUCAAGAAUGGGCAUGUCCCUGUCUUGUCUCUAUAGAGGCCCAGUUGAAGGUCACAUCAAAUGGGGACUCGGUGAGGGAAGGUAUCUGUCAGCUGUAAAGAAGCUCGGAGGACCUUCAGUGUGUGUGUUGGGGGGGGGGGGGGGGGCGCGGUGACAGGCAGGUAGGACAGGAUCUCUGGAGAUGGGAAGGAUGGGCAUGGGCUGCUUGACCCGAGGCGCUUCAUGAUGGAUGGAGUCAGGCGGGCUCUGAACUGGCCCACAAUGCCUGGCUUCCAAGUCAUCUUUUCCCCUAGCAUCCUGUCAGAUCCCCCGGUGUGACAAUUUUCCUCCUUGUGUUAAGUAUACCAAUAUUGUUUUUUUUAGCAAUUGAAAUGCACUUUUUUUAUUUCAAUUCAAUCAUGAUCUUAAGUAUAAAAAUUUAUAGAUUGUUAAAACUACUUUUUUGUGUAUUUUUAACCACUCAAUGUAGCAUUGUGUAUUUUAUUCUUAUUAAGACUCUGGUACAAGGUGUGCCAUUUAAUGAUUUUUUUUUCCAACAUGCUGGGCCUUUGGAUGUGUACGGUAAUCAACUUCAUGCUAAUGUUCAAAGUAAAAAAGAAGAAAAAGUAGCCAUA